UGGCGCAAUUAUUGUUUAGCGUUGCUUGUUUACCCUCAAACUUUUAGAUAAAUUCGCGGUGUUAGUGCUACUUUUAUAAUACUAUUUAAUUAUUUUCUGCCAAAAAAAUGCUAAAAGACGGUAGGUCCAAUCUACCCUGGGUGGAAAAGUACCGGCCAGCUACCCUCAGCGAUCUCAUAUCCCACGAAGAAAUCAUUUCCACAAUUAACAAAUUUAUCCAAGAGGACCAGCUGCCGCAUUUGCUAUUCUAUGGACCACCAGGAACCGGAAAAACCAGUACCAUUCUGGCAUGUGCUCGGCAGCUCUACAAACCACAGUCCUUCAGUCAGAUGGUACUGGAACUGAAUGCCUCCGAUGAUCGCGGUAUCAACAUAGUGCGUGGCCAGAUUUUGAAUUUUGCCUCAACGCGAACCAUUUUCAGCGGUGGCUAUAAGUUGAUAAUUCUGGAUGAGGCUGAUGCAAUGACUAAUGAUGCACAGAACGCUCUCCGGAGGAUAAUCGAGAAAUACACGGAUAAUGUCCGGUUUUGCAUCAUUUGCAACUAUCUAAGCAAGAUCAUUCCAGCGUUACAGUCGCGUUGUACAAGAUUCCGAUUUGCGCCUCUGGCGGCUGAGCAGAUUUUGCCACGAUUGGAGCAUGUCGUGGAGGCAGAAGGGAUUAAAGUUUCUGACGACGGUAAAAAAGCUCUCAUGACAUUAGCUGGAGGUGAUAUGAGAAAGGUUCUAAACGUUCUUCAAAGCACCUGGAUGGCGUACAAAGACGUGACUGAGGACAAUGUUUACACCUGUGUGGGGCAUCCACUUAAAAGUGAUAUUACUAACAUUGUAAAUUGGCUUUUGAAUGUUGAAAGUUUCAAGGAAACGUUUGACAAAAUUCAAGAACUGAAAACCAACAAGGGUCUGGCCCUGGAGGAUAUUCUUACUGAGAUUCACUUGUACGUCCAUCGGAUGGAGCUUCCACCACGAGUUAUGUCGCAGUUGUUGAUAAAAAUGGCAGCCAUAGAAGAGCGAUUGGCUGCUGGUUGCACGGAGAAGCCUCAAACGGCAUCGCUCAUUGCGGCGUUUCAAAUCGCGCGCGAUCAAGUUAUUGUCGAGGGCUAACCUCCAGCGACUGUUUAGAACAGUUGUCUCUGCACACGGUGAGAUGGUGUUCGUUGGUAAGUGAUACAUUUUAU